AUGGACCUCAUCGACAAGCGGUUCCGCGACAUGGACAUGGAGAUCGCCACAAGGAAUCUGAAGCCUGAGAAGAAGCAUGUCAUGAUGGAGGAAUGGGGAGCACCAUAUUUCGAGAGGACUGGCGCACACAUGAAGGACCUCGACAUCAUGACGGGCUUCAUCGACAAGGACGCAGUUCGAUUCAAUAGGACCGUUGCGAACAUCGAACAGAGCGACGACCAAAUCACAUUGACCAUCGCCGAUGGAAGAGUUGCAAGCCACGCCGUAGUAAUCGGUUGCGGUGGAAUCAAAGGCCUCACGAGGCGCGCCGUCCUCGCUGAUCGGUAUCCAGAGUCAGUCGAACCGCAAUACACGCACAAAUACGUCUACCAGACAAUCGUUUCCAUCGAAGACACGAAGCAGAUUCUGGGAGAUGUGGCAACAGAUGCGAAGAUGUACAUGAGCAAAGCCUCGAAUUUGUCGACGUAUCCAAUCAGCGAAGGCAAACAGGUGAACGUUGUUGCUUUCACAAGAGAUCCGAACCCGUGGCAACACGACGGAAACACGUACGACGUUGGCAGAAAGACGAUGAUGGAAGACUUUGCAGACAUCAAGGUUGACGACAGGCUGCUAAGAUUGCUGGAGGCAAGCACAACAGCAUAA